CGGACAUAUACUAAGAGGGUCUAAUCUCUCUUUGGGACAUUGCAGUCUGUUUCAAGCAGCAUCCAGAUCUCGAGAUGACGAAUCACGAACCCCCGGGCUCAGCAGUCCGACGCCUUCGAGACACAUUUGGGGACCCUAAACCGCCCGACAUAACUCGCAAGAUCACUGCCUGUGUAGCCUGUCGAAAGCAAAAGAUAAAAUGCCAUAUGAAUGAGUCCCAGCCACCAUGUGCUCGAUGCAGAAAGAAGGGUCUGCCGUGCACAGUAAAUCGCAGUCUGCAGAUGUUGCUGGAAAAUGACGCAGUAUGGAAGCAGAACAUAGAACAGAAAAUACAAGCGCUAGAAGCGGCCGUUAGUAGGAACGUGAAUAAUAAUAUACCCUUAGACCUCCCUCAGCGGAAUGAGCAAGGAUUAGAGAAUGAGCCAUCCUCGGUGGGCGAGGAAGUGGUGGAAGGGAAUCAGCAAGAUACAACAAGUGAGCGCCCGGGUCGAUGGAAGAUUACCAUAGAUCUGGAAUCAAAUCCAGGUGCGCUCCCAGGCCACUAUCUUCUACGAGCCAAUUCCGUGCCAGCCAACACCCCCACGGACAUGAUCUCUCGUGGUGUGAUAAGCACUGAGAACGCACUGCGAUAUUUUGAUGAAUAUCAAAACCGACUGGAUCACUUCGUUUACCGGAUCCUAGGAGAUCAUAGCACGGCGACAUUGGGGCGCAUUAGAGAAGUUUCGCCGCUUCUAACAACCGCUAUCUGCGCAGUAGGUGCCUUGCAUCUAUCGUCUUCAGAUUUUGAAGCGCUGUACAAAGAAUUCGUCGCCCUAAGUGCGCCGUUGAGCUUUUCAAGAAGGCACACCGUCGAUGACGUCCGGGCGCUCUGCAUUGGUGCCUUUUGGCUCAGUGACCUUUCCUGGUCGCUAGUCGGUCUAACUGUGCGAAUAACCACGGAAUUGCAAUUGCAUAAGAGUUUUUCGAAGGCUUUACAGGGAGACAGGAACCACUACUCACGCGCACGGUUAUACCUGCUGGUCUAUGCUUGUGACCAUCACUUUUCCGUGCCAUAUGGCAGACCACCAAUGACUAGAGAAUGCGAGGCUGUGAGAGAUGCGCGGAAGUUCCUGGACUGUACCUAUGUUACUGAGGACGAUGCACGACUGGUAAGCCAGGUCCUACGCUGGAGUAUCUGCACCAAUAUGUAUGACACUUUCGGUUCCGACGUCGAUCGGCCUCUUUCAGAUGCAGAUAUUUCCCAGGUGCGACGGUUCAGCAUCGCUUUGGAUAGCCUUCGUGCUGAAUGGGGCGACAAAUUCAAACAAAACGCCCAUGUGGGGAACUAUCCGCGCAAAGGUGUUGGGAUACAAUAUCAUUUUGCCAAGCUCUAUCUCUGCUCGCAUGCUCUGCGUGGUGCUGGAUCACGCCAUGCUAAAUCUCGAGCUCCUGAUGUGGUUUUGGAGUUCGAGGAAAUAGCAAACUCUGCGGUGCUUUCCGCCGUAUCUAUCCUUCGCGCGGUGAUAUCAGAUCCUGAGAUUCAAUCAUACCUCAACGGCUUGCCGACAUAUUUUGAUAUUAUGAUCGCUUUUGCAGUAGUCUUCCUGCUCAAAGUAUCUACCCGAUUCUCUGCCACUGUUCAUCUUGAUAAUCAAGAAACUCAACGCUUAAUGCUAUCGUUAGUCACAGUUUUGAAGGGAGUGACAGCGAGCAUGCAUCCGCAUCACCUCCUUGUCAGUAUAACAAAGGGCAUUGAUGAUCUCUUACAACGAAGUAGGAUGGCCCCUAGCGCAGCUCAAGCUGUACCCAUGGAUUUACUGCAGCAGGAACCACAGCAAAUUAUAUAUGAUCGCAAAACGCCGCAUGUAGACUUCGGUCUUGAGAACGAUGGGCUGUUUGACCAGUACUUGAUGAGUGAGUUCGACUUUCUAUCGGAACAAGACCCAGAGUCUUUAAUACGAAUGUCUCCGAGAUGACCAAAUUUGCAAACAAGAUCUACUUUAUUAUUUCAACUAUGAGAGUCGACAGCAAUGAUGCGAUGAAAGUCUGGUUCCAGUAGUGACUGGGGAUACUUGGGGUUCAGGGCGUCGAGAAAGAGAGAAUAGAAAUGGAAGAGAGAGAGAGAAGUCUUUCGAAUAUAGAGUGGAUAAUCGAUCUGUGGUCUAUGCAUGGUAUGCUAGCACUCC